AUGCAUUUUCCGGUAAUUGAUUAAUACUAUUAUUUUUUAUGAAACAUUUUGACAGUCUACUGCUUAAGCAUUUGUUAAGUUUUGUUUUACUCCAACCAACUGUACAUUAACGAGCUUGUAAACUAAAACCAUAGGCUGUAUUGCCUGACUGAAACGCGCUAGCUUAACGGUAAGAGUCAGCUAACUAAGUCAGUGUUAAGAUGGAAGCUAUCUUGAGUCGGAUGAAGGCUCCCCUUUCCAACGAUUUGUUAAAAAUUCGGUAUUUUAAGUCAUUACUAGCAGCUGAGUGAAAUAUUGGCAGACUUAUUUUCAGGAAAAGUUACCCACUAAAUUAUUGUAUUUUUUUGUGAUGUAGAGUUUUAGGAACAAAUAGGGGAGAGUGGGGUAAGUUGAGCCAAAGGGUAAGUUGAGCCACCCCCUGUUGCUUGGAGAUGGUAAAAGAAAUUGAAAUAUAUCUUGCAUCUUGAAAUAUAAACUAGUUAGAGACAAAACUAUGAUUGACUUGAUGUAGUGAUCAGAAAUAUGAAAAAUGGCAAAUCUUACCCCACUCUCCCCUACGUGUAAACUGGUAUUAUAAAUGAACUGGUGUGGUGAAAUGAGCAAAGAUGUCCAUUGGGCUGUUUGUUGAUUACAUAGACUAGGGAGGAGCAGGCCAGCAGCAUGGAUUUCACAGAGGACAACAUGUGAGUGAUAUCAGCUUAACGGACCCACAUACUGAUAGAUGGAGUGUUUGAUAUACUUCAUAUCUAUCUACUGUAUAAAACAUUUUUUUGUUUAAAACUUUGUAGGACACAGGGGGAGAUGCUUGAGAAAAUAGCUGAGCUGGAUUACAGUCAAAGCCACUUAAGGGACCUGAAUGCUAAGAUGAGGCACUGGCUGGAUGUUGCAGAUGAUGACAUGGCAGCGAUGCGCUCAGAGAACACUGCCUUAAGUCAACGAGUGAAAACGUAAUUGAUGGCACAUGUCUUAUCCCCUGAACUGUCUAUAAAAUUAAAUUAUGGAUGAAUUCUCUCCACUGCUAAAUGAAAGGCAGAAUUGAAAAUUGAUAAUUGAGGUGAUGAUCCUAUAUGACUAGCUCUAGAGUCCCUACCCUCAACUAGUUAUAACCCUGAAAUAGUUUAUUUUUAUUCAUACAGGGACUUUUUUGUUUUGGUUUAUUACUAUUUAAUCUGUGCUUUGUCAAUUCUGAGAAAAAAGCCUAUCAUGGUAGUGUACAUUUGUUUGUCUGCAGUCUUGAGAAGAUCAUCAGUGAUGCACAGAAAGCUGAAGCAGACCCUUGCAGGUCCCUUCUGGCUAAUGACUUUGAUACAAAGAGAUGCAGGGAAACAGAGAUGCAGGCACUGGUAUGUAACCAAAAGACAAUAUUAUAAUUACGAUAAGUAGCAUUUCUGAGCCGGUUUUGGCCAGCAGUGUCACACCUAUGUAUAAAAAAGUUUGAUAUGUUUUACCUUUGAUAUCAUUCACGUUCACUAACACUGCCAAGGUUUGUCAGAAAAGUGGUUGGAUGUUUAGUUAAGGCUUAACAUGCAUUCUGUCUUUUAAAGUGGUAUAAGUUUACCCCUACCACCAAAAAAACAGGAUGAGAUAAACACCACAUCACUUUUUAUAAUUGAAAUUUUUCAAAAAAAAAAAAAUCCUCAUUGUUUUUUCAUUAUAUUUCCGUAACAUAAUAGCUUUAAUUGUUCUUCUGAAUUUUAUUUUGAGCUACAAAAAACAAUAAAUCAAAAUAUACAUUUAGAAGAACAAUUAAAACUAGUAUGUUCAGGAAAUAUAAUUAAACAUGUUAGCUAUCAUGUUAGCUACUGUUGAUUUUUAAAUUAUAAUGGAACUUGACUGUCAGUGUUGGCUGAUAGCUGUUUGAUUCAAAUAUGGUUUUUAUUUUGUUGUUUAUUGUGUUGUUGUUGUUUUAAGUUCUUUGUAAUUUGAUUUCUUGGGGUAAAGAGGCCGAUGAUAUAAGUUUAUUCUUGUCUCUGCUCCUUUUCAUUAAUUAUUGGGAAUGUUUAUGUAUACUAUAUAUUGAAUUGUUUUGAUUUUAAUCAAUGAAUGAUAUAUAUAUAUAUAUAUAUUUUAUGUCCUUUUCACACAGGAGGAGAAAUACACGACAAUCAAGGAACAAAAUAAAAAACUAUCUGCAGAGGUAUGUCUCUUACUUUUCACAUAUAAAAAUAAGAUCUUUCAUCAUUCACUACUACACUUUGACAUGAUCCAAAUAAUUCAUAACCCUUAUUUUUGUUAAAACACCACUUUAUUUCUUUCAGCUUCAGAGCCUCAAACUGGAGAGAGACAGGGACAAAAUCAACUUGAGCAAGUUUAAGGAUCAAUUUCAACACCUCCAGGUAACAGCGCAGGCCUAACUCGAAGAUACUAAAUCAUUUUUCUCCCUGUCCCAAACUAAAUUGUUUUGUAUUCAUUUUAAAUUAAAACUUGUUGUUUUGUGUGUUUCCUUAGUUUAGAUUGGAAGAGGCCCAGCUUUGCCUGCAGCGCAAGGAUGAGGUCAUUCAUCAGGUAAUAACAGAGACAUCAGUACAAUAAGUGACAAAAAACUUGAUAUUUUCUCCAAAAUAUUGAUAAUUCUCUAUGAAGAUCAACCGAACUAUCUCGACAGCUGUCUUUCACUGCGUUAACAUAGCAUAUUUUUACAUGUGUGUGUUUGUGACAGAAAGACUUGGAGUUACAGCACGAUGAGGAAAUGGUAGAAGAAUACAGGACCAUUAUAAAGGUAAGAUCUUCCCUUACUUAUCAGCCUGUAAAGAAAACAAUAAUUUGCAUAAAUGGCAAGAGUUAAAACAGCCUGUUUUCUCAGCAAGUUGUCAAUGAACACUGUUGUAUGUCAUUUGAUCUUGCAAAAUUUUUUAUCAAAUUAACUUAUACAUGUAUUAUAAAUUUAUACUUGUAUAACCCUAACCUCUGAAAUAUCUAUUGCUUAAGAAGCUGACUUAGGUCAAAUGUUCAGGGCUGCAUUUCACCAUGAAGUAUGCAUCUUGUGUCUUUGGUUGGGAAACAAAAGCCCCUUCAGCCAUCUGCUGUCUUAGAUUUAUUCAGUUUCUUAGAAAUAUAAAUAAAAUUACUUUUAAUGAUUGUUCUCAUACUACUCUCUGUCCCUAUUUACAUGCACAAACAUGCCAGGUUCAAUCGUAAUGUUACAGCCAUGUCUCAUUCUCUGCUGCAGGAUCUCCGGCUGACAAAUCAGGAGCUGAGGAUGCAGUUGGAGAACAGACUUGAUGAAGCCUCACUGUAAACUAUGACGUGUUAUAUCAUGUUUCUUUACAAUGAUAUCAUGACAUGUCCUUAUUCAUCUGUUUGUAACUGAAGUGCACUAUAUUUCUGUUUUGUUUUAUCAGCACUGUGCUGAAUGAUGCGGUUCGAGAAAAAGAAGGCCCACUCAAUCCCCCACUGUCCUUUGCAGAGGAAUUGAUGCUGCUGGCCUCCUCAGAUGCAGUGGAAUCGAUCAUUUUAGACCCCUCAGAUCUUAAGCAUGUAUGUUGAGUAUGCACACAUGGCACAAACUAAUGUGAUUUUAAUACAGUUGUCCUGUAUGAGCUCUACAUUUUGGAAGAUAAUGUUCAGUUUAUGUUCUCAUUUUGUUUCCUUCUGUUGCAACUCACAUUUGUAUCAAUGAGGGAAUCUUUUGAAGAACCAGAGGAGAUUUUAGCUUCAUAGCUCCUACUUUCCAAAGUGACCACUAGAGUGUGCCACAACAGAGCCCAGAAUCAAAGCCCUCAUGUCAGAGCUUGAGUGUAGAUGAAGAAAAUCAGACAUUAGUGAUGUCUGAUGUUGUGCCUGUAGGAUGAAGAUGGAACUGAAGAGCUGAUGAAAUCACAAAGUCUAACAGUAGACCUCCAGACCAAAAGGUACCUCAGUUUCACAUCACAAACACCCCUUACAGACUUUAAACCAUAACUUGUAUACCGUCUCAAUCUUUAGUUGUUGAUUAAUUUCCUUCUUUUCUGUUUGUCCAAGGUGUGCAGGUACCUUUGAGAUUGCCCUCCGGAUAGCAGUGCUAUUUCUGCUUUUUGUAUUCAUACUCGCAGUUUCAGGAAACUUGUUUUCCGUGAACACUAUAUGUAGUGAUGUUUUUCUGAUGAUGCAGCCUUACUUGAGUGUGCAGUAUGAAGCCCUACCUCCAAUUUGA